AUGAGGCGGAGCCUGGCGGCUGGGGAUGCUGUUCAUCUGAUUGGAUCCUUGCCCAGCAUGCACAGACACCAGGGCUCCAUCACCCAGCGCUGUAUAAAAGGCUGUGGUGACGAUGCCUGCGCCAAAGGCUCCAGGCAUCGAGGAUCUCAGACGGUCACCUGCCUGGCAGCGCUGCUGCUGCCGCCGCCGCCGCCGAUUCUAACGCUGCUGCUUGCUUGGUGGGGUUGGGUGGUCCGCGGAGCUCUGCUGCAGAGACUUACCCCCGGGCCCAAGCCGCUCCCGUUGCUGGGGAACUUGCUGCAGCUACAGUCCGGACACUUGGACCGUGCGCUCCUGGAGCUCUCCAGCCGCUGCGGCCCAGUGUUCACCGCGUGGCUGGUCUCGGGCCCUGCAGCGGUGCUGUGCGGCUACAAGGCACUGCGGGAUGCAUUAGUGCUGCAGGCGGAUGCUCUCUCCGGCCACGCCAUGGCUGUCUUUGAACGCUUCACCCAAGGAAACUGUAUAGUGUUUUCUAAUGGGCCGCGCUGGACGAACUUUGCACUUGGGGUGCUGAAGGAGUUUGGUGUGGGGACCAGGACCAUCGAAGAUGGCAUCCUGGAGGAGGCGGCUUGUGUGCUGGACGAAUUUCAGGCCACCAUGGGAGCUCCAUUUGACCCCCGGCAGCUAUUGGAUAACGCUGUAUCCAAUGCCAUUUGUUCUGUGGUCUUUGGAAAGCGCUAUAACUAUGGGGACCAGGAGUUCCUGAGGCUCCUGGACCUCUUCAGGGAUGAUUUCCACAUCAUGAGUUCCCGAUGGGGUGAGACAUACAGUAUGUUCCCAUCCUUCAUGGACUGGAUCCCUGGUCCCUACCACCGAAUCUUCAAAAACUUCCAAGAGCUCCGACUCUUCAUCUCUGAGCAAAUUCAGUGGCACCAGCAGUCACAACAGGCCGGGGAACCCCGUGACUUCAUUGAUGUUUUUCUUGACCAGAUGGAUAAGGAACAACAGGACCUGAAAAGCCACUUCCAGGAUGAGACCCUGGUGAUGAUGACUCACAGUCUCUUCUUCGGUGGCACUGGGACCACAAGCACCACUCUGAGUUACGUGCUCAUCAUGCUCAAGUACCCAGAGGUGGCAGCCAAGGUGCAGGAGGGGCUGGACACCACCACAGGUGGGCCCAGUGCCCCACUGGAGGACCGUGCCCGCCUGCCCUGCACCAACGCAGUGCUGCAUGAGAUCCAGCGCUUUAGGCGGGCUGUCACCCGAGACACACACCUCAGGAACCGUUCCCUGCACAAGGGCACACUUGUGACUCCCCUGCUUCUGUCUGCACACCGGGAUCCCCCCCAAUUCAAGGACCCUGGCCAUUUCAAUCCCACCAACUUCCUGAAUACCCAGGGCCAGUUCCUGAACAAUGACGCCUUCAUGCCUUUUGGCCCAGGGCUGCGUCAGGAGGGAGGGACCGAGUGGCUGGCACUGGCAGGUGUGCCUGGGUGCGGCCUGGCCGGCUCUGAGCUCUUCCUCACUGUCACCCUGCAGAAGUCCUGCCUGCUCCCUGUGGGAAGUCCUGCCAACAUCAGCCUUACUCCACAGUGCCUGGGCAAUGGGCCACCAGCCUUCCGGCUCUGCCUGGUGGCCCGCUGGGGUUGGGCCCCACUGCUCUGA